AUGACAUCAUCAUUCUUGUUGGGCCCAACUCACAUGCCUAACGACAUUGGAGCGCAAGAUCAGCCUCCCUCGUACAAAGAAAUAUAUGGUACGGAAACUCAUAAUUUAAAUUCUUCGCAAAUAGCAUCUUCGUCUGCUGCUGCUGCACAGCCUGAAACAAACUUACCCUCAGCUCUAAAUUCCACAAUUUCUUCCACAUCAGACCCUAUAACUCCGGUUAAUGGCAGAUCUGAGUCUAAUGGCAUGAUACCUUCAAGUCAGACAAAUAAAAGCACCGACGAAACGAGUCCCCACCAAUUAACUUCUACCGAAGAAAGCUUGUCGACAGCUUCCAAGAAAACCGAAGAAAAUACACCAGCCAAUUUAGAAAGAGAAAACACCGAAAGCAACAUUUCUCCGAGCACAAAUCCAGACGACAUAACGCUUACCAUAGUUGUCAACAGCAGUCCAGAAAAUAACGUCAAGGCUGAAAACAAUGCUUUUACCAACACAUCUGCCGGUACUGAAUCACAAAUUAAAUUGUUCCCUUCUAACACACUUCAGCUACAACCAAACACCUUAGAUUCGAAAAAUGGAAUUUGUUCAAUGUCAGCUCGUGAAGUCGUCACUGAAAACUCUCCCACAUCACCCGAUGUUACUACGCGGGAACCCAAUGCUCCUUUGAAUGAUCACAAAAAUAUGCCCAACACAGAUGCACAAGAAAAUACGAGUUCAAACUCAUUAGCAACACUACCUUCAGAAGAUAUUAUUUCAUCUUCACACACUUCCAAAUCACCAUCGACGUUCACAAAUAACAUUAAACCACAAUCCGAUUCAACCUCAUCAACACACAGCUCUCCGCAAACGGCCAAUAGCAGUAGUGAAAAUUCAAUUGGCCAGAUUAACAAAGUGGAAAGUUCUAGAAAAAACGCUGUUACAUUAACAAGUUUUCCAGUACCUACUGAGGAGAAAGCUGAACCGGAAAAAGGCAUAAGUAAAGAAGGAAAUCCGACACUUAGCAUUGUUAAAUCAAAAAAGAAAAGUAGUGCAAAUUCAUCCGCAAAUAAACAACAAAACAGUGAAUUUGAACUUGUUCGUUCCUGCAUUCCACUGGAUAUUCUUAAAAAUAGCCGUACAUCAACAGCAAAAAAGUUCGAAUUGAAAGAUCUGGUACAAGCUGGUGAACUAAUUUAUACUGAAAAAUCUUUGACGAACAUCUUAGAAGAUGCAUUGAAAGCAUAUCAAAACCAUAAAUAUUUCUCUCAGCUAGUUUGUGAUCUGUUAAUAACAAUCAUGUAUCUUCUAAAACGACAACAAAAUCUGACAGCAUUUAUGACAACACUAUAUUCCCUGGGUAUGGCCACUUCAGGCAUCGUAACGGACAAAUCUUUAUUAAAAAUUCUGUCAAAAAUUAGUUUGCGAAUGCUCAUCGAUAUCUUGCUACGAAACUCGGAUGCACUCGUGUGUAGAGUAAUUAUGUCACUGCUAAGCAGACAAAAUCCCGCACCACUAAUAAAUUUGGCAACAGAAGAAACAAAAAUUUUGCCACAAAUUUAUCAUUUAUGGGAUACAACAACUCCCACUGUGCUAUCUUUUGGUGUUGGAUCGUGUCCGGGUAAAUCAUCUUUACUCAAAAAAUUAUUCAUGUCAUCGUUUGAAGAACAUCAAAAAAGUAUCUAUUUUCAAAACACCAUUGAUAUUGACUUUGGCUACAAUUUUAUUGAUAAAAGACGUGUGAAUGUUGCCGAUACACAUGGCGAACCGCCGAAGCAGCUUAUCCUAGACAUUCAUCAUCUGUUCGAAGGUUUUCUCAUACAAGUCAUGCAUAAAUUUGCUCAAGACAAUGCUAAUUUAAUUUCAGAAUUUUUGAACGCCUUACCUGUUGAUAAAUUCAAAAUGCUUAUUAUACGGGAUUUUAUUGAAGAUAAAGGCUCUUCUGAUUCUGACGAAUCUUCAGAUGAUUCAGCUGCUGACCAACCUGUUGUUUUAUCAACAGCAGCUUCAACAGGCGAUAAAUUUCUAUUCCCCAAUGUUCCAAAUCUAAAUCUCAAAGAUCAAGAACAUUGGAUCAACAAACUUCGGUCUGAAAUCUUUGAUAAAUUACUUAGUUCAUCAAAACGUGCCGGAUUUCUAGCCAAUUCACCACGUAUAAUGCAAGAGCAGAAGUCAAAAACUAUAACAAAACUGAUGAACGACAGUGAUCGUAGUGCUAUGGACCAUGGCGCCCGUACAAUUUAUUCUUUAAAAAGCAAUUUAUUAGAUGCAAGCUCAAAAAACGCUGAGUACGGUUAUCCUGUCUAUUCUCUGUUUGUAAAAUAUCGUAAAACAAUGAAAGAACUGACGAAAAUCACUUUUUAUGGUGCGAGAAGUAAUGAAAUGCUCAAGCUUCAAAGUGAAAGUGUUACGUUUGAGCAAGAACUAAAGAAAACAAAGGGGGAUGAAUGCGGUGUCAUUUUUAAUGAUUUUGUUCGUCUUCUUCAACAAGAUUACCGCUUAAUGAAUUUGGAUAUUCUUUCAGCUGAAUUGAAACUUUCCAAAAAUUUAUUUCUACGAGAAAAUGAGUUUGCUGGUGACAUUUCGAUUGAAAAAGUGUUUUCUCUUGAAGUUUUAUGGCGAAAUGCAAUUGUCUGUUAUCAAUAUCAAAAAAACAGUAUCCGAGAAAUUAUUAAAACUAGUUAUCAGCAGUACAUUGAAGCCGGUUUUCCCUUUGAAAUCGUCGAUGGUGACAACUUCUACUUGCACCAUGAAUUUCUAUCGUGUGCAUUAUCUUUGUUUGCACGGAAAAGAGUGUUGGUAAUAAGUAUCAUCGGUCCACAGAAUAGUGGUAAAAGUACACUAUUGAACUAUAUGUUCGGCACUCUUUUUGAUGUUCGUAACGGAAGAUGCACGCGUGGAAUUUACGGAUCACUUGCAAAAUCGAAUUCGAAAGAUUUUGAUUACAUUAUGCUAAUCGACACCGAAGGUCUAUCAUCCGGUGAGAAAUGUGAUCUUGAAUAUGAUCGACGAAUUGUACUAUUCUGCCUGGCUGUCUCUCACUUAGUCAUAGUGAAUGUCACUAAUUUAACCAGUGAACUGAAUAAUUUAGUAAUACUGUGUGCACAUUCUCUGCAAAACAUUGGAGUCAGUCGAGUUCCAGAACCCAUGGUCCAUUUUGUUAUAAAUCAACAGCAAGGCAAGUUGGAUGGCGCAAAGGAUGAAAAAGCGAUGGAAGGUCUGUUAAGUUUGUUAAGAGAACACAAUCUGCAAGAUGUGAUCAAAGUUACAAAAGAAACCUUCCACUCUUUGCCACUAGCUUACAAAACUGAACGACUCUGUGAACAAGAUAAAGACUCGCCGAAUGCUGUACGAACAAUGCCAAAUUUUAUUGAACUUGCUCAGCUGUUGUGCGGAACUUUGAUGAGUUCUGCGAAAACAUGUUUUGAAAAAAGUAAAACUAUUUUCUCAGACCCAGAACAGUGGCUAGAUUUUGCCAAGACAAUAUUUGACAUUUUGUUAAAAUUUCCUGAUUUAACAUAUUUCACCGAUAUUUAUGAAAAAACACAAGACGAGGAAAGUCGUAAUCACAUUCGUCAUGAAAUCGAAAAAAAACUACCGCCAGAACGAUUACGGAAAUUUGGAUAA